AUGUAUCAUGUUGCACAAAACUAUUAAGAUUUGCAAAAAACUAUGCAGAAGAUUGAGACUAAUCACUGUAUUCUUUCUUUCCUUUUGGUUUCCUCUCUUCAUCUGAAUGCAGAGAUCAACAGGUGUGCAAUCUUCCUCUUCUGUUUACUGGUUCCUUUGGGCUCCAUGGCACCGACAGAGACAUCAGAAUGCAGAGUGACUACAGGACAGAGGCAGAAUCAUUUCACUACAGAGAUACCGACCUUGGCAUCAGUAAUACAAAAGAAAGCACAUGAGUUGUUUGACUUCUAUAACAAGUGUAUCUCUGCAACAUUCCACUCUGAGCCCUGGACAGUUAUGUCCAAGGCCAGAGGCAUGGCAGACAGAAUACCCAAAUGUCCAGCUUUCCAGGCAAACUGCUGUGCUUUGCACCACAUCCACAACAUUCUGAAAACGCUGGGAGGCGACAUAGAAACCUUCUGCAACGAGAGCUCCAGAGGAGUGGUCAAUGCCAACCUCAACCAGCUGCACACCACGCUGAGACAAGGCUCUGCCUUCUACACCUGCAGCAUCCAGGACCUGCCCCAGGUGGAGCCCCAGGAACAGACCAUGAGCAAGGCAGACACAAAAACCUUCAUCUGGUGGUUUCUAAAGAAAUAUGAGGACAUCAUGCAACUUACAGUAAAGCUGUACUCUGAAGCAGUAGUUUGAUAUGCCAGGAUGAAAAAAUAACUUGAAGAUAGGUCUCUGUAAAUGAGACCUAUCAGGAGUUAUCAGUUUGAUGCCAGAAUGAACAUUGAUAGUGUACGUGCUAUUCUCUAUAACUAUAUAAUCUAGAUUAAUUUAAUAUUUAAAGGAUUAAUGUAUUAUUGAUUGUAUUUAUUGUAAAACUAUUUAUACCGUCUUAUUUGCAACAGCAUAUAAUAGGAUGGACUAAUGUAAGUCAAGGUAAUAUAAUUAACCAACCCUGAUAUAUCAGAAAAGUGUAAUUUCAGUAAUUUUAAUGUUAUUUAUAUUUUUAUCUUGUAGUUGUUUCUCAAAAGAAAAGCUGAUUGUCAGCAGGCUGAUUUUGUACUUCUCUCUCUACUAGUGAAUUUUAUUUAUGAAU